AUAAAGGAUAAAAUGAUAGACAUGUCAUCGAUAUUUAUACGACUUAUUCGAACCGAAACAUCUAUCGUUUCUUAUCAGGAUUUUCCGACAUACAACUCAUCAUCUUCUGUACGGCAGUUAAUCGGUUCGUUUUCUGUCGUAUAUCAAUGAUAUAUAAAUUGUGAUACGUAACGUGAGUUUUUGAUAGAGUAUCGUAAAUAAACAAUUCACUACCCAUAUAUUAAAAACGAUGAUAUGUAACUGAUUAGACAUUUACGAUAGGAUUCCAAGUAACGUAAUUUUCUGAUAGAGUAUCGUAAAUAAACGAUUCACUAAUCAUAUUGAAAACCGCAAUAAAAAAUUGUUUAUCGUUUUCUAUCGUUGGCGGUUAUCAGGGCGUGGAUGUAUGAUGCACCGGAUUCAUAGUGGUUCUUCCGUGUUAACACCAUCCUUACCUUCGUUGAACCACCGAGUGAGUUUCGAGCAGAUUGAGUGAAAAUAAUCAGAUUCGCACGGUGCGAGAAAGAAUGGAUAACGAGAAUGCAAGCUGCUCGCAUGACGGCAAAGAAAAUGCUCAACUAUCACUGCUAGAUCUCCCGAAGGAGAUGUUCCUGCAUAUAUGUUCCUUCUUAGAUACGUCGACACUAGUACACGGUUUGAUCCUCGUGUGCAAACAGUUCUAUCAGAUCUUAAAGGAUGAUGUCUUACUGUGGAAAGCGCGAAUUAACCACAUAUUGCCGAAUACUACCUACUCGCUUUUGCGUCCCGAGAAACCCGACAAACUGUUUUGGAAGUUGUCAUACGUUGCGAUCGAGAAACAAACAGCGCUGUUUGAGAAACCGCAGGAUUCUAUGAAAAAAUUGUUUAUUGAAUAUAGACACAGUGCAACUUCUGUGUUGCUGAUGCCC